AGCGGCGGGAGGCUUCCGGGGGAGCCGCAAGGGCAACGGGUCGGCGGAGGCAGAAAAGCGUCGGACGCCGGGCCGAUCAUGGACGCUUGACAACCUGCGGGCAGGCGCCGGGAGGCCAAGCCAGCGACCGAGAGGACGGAGAGGCGGCGAGGACAGAUCUCAAGACCAGAGAAUGGCAGGUGAACAGAAACCCUCAAGUAACCUCCUGGAACAGUUUAUCUUACUAGCCAAAGGUACCAGUGGCUCAGCCCUCACUGCUCUCAUAAGCCAAGUUUUGGAGGCUCCUGGAGUAUAUGUCUUCGGAGAACUGCUGGAGCUGGCCAAUGUGCAGGAGCCAACAAGGAGAGCCUGCCAGAACUGAGCACAGCUCAGCAGAACAAGCUGAAACACCUUACCAUCGUGAGCUUGGCGUCAAGGAUGAAGUGUAUCCCCUACUCCGUGCUGCUGAAGGACCUGGAGAUGCGGAAUCUCCGGGAACUGGAAGACCUCAUCAUCGAGGCUGUCUACACUGAUAUCAUCCAGGGCAAGCUGGAUCAGCGAAACCAGCUGCUGGAAGUGGAUUUCUGCAUUGGCCGUGACAUCCGAAAGAAAGAUAUCAAUAAUAUUGUCAAGACCUUGCAUGAAUGGUGCGAUGGCUGCGAGGCAGUCCUGCUGGGCAUCGAGCAGCAAGUUCUGAGAGCCAACCAGUACAAGGAGAACCACAGCCGAACUCAGCAGCAGGUAGAGGCCGAGGUUACCAACAUCAAGAAGACACUCAAAGCUACCGCGUCCUCCUCAGCUCAGGAGAUGGAGCAACAGUUGGCUGAACGAGAGUGUCCCCCCCAUGCUGAGCAGAGGCAGCCCACUAAGAAGAUGUCCAAAGUGAAAGGUCUGGUCUCCAGCCGCCACUAGGGCCGGCUGGGGCAGCUGGCACUCACCAGGCCUGGGUCAGGUGGGGAGGGGACACCAAGGGCCUAUUUCCUCCCCUCUCUACCUUCCAUGAGUUCCAGACCUGCCCAUCCCCUCACCAGCGCCUCCCCCCACAUUGGUACUGUUCCAGAAGAACCGUUAACUCCCUUCCCUCUCCCACUCCCUCUUCCCCAGUUGCUCCCUUCAGACUCAGGGGCUCCACGGAUGCCAUCCCAACAGGGCCAGACACUGCCCAGCUUCCCUCCAGGAGGUUCUUGUCUCUGUCUAAGGGCUUGUAUCCCUCCCAGUUUUUCUUUUGCUUUGUGUCAUUUUGUCAGGCUGGUCAUAAGCUGGAAGCAGCUUUAACUGGCCCACAGGGAUGACUGCGAAGGAGGCCCCUCUCUGAGUGAUGGGAGGCACUCCUUCUCCAGCCCCAUGUGCCACAGUACCCACAAUGGUGCAGGCGCUCUAGCCAGGUAUCAGAAUGCUUUGUUUUCCCUCUCCUGCCUUAUCCCUUGUUGGCAGCUCAGAUCAGGCCAUGGAGGGAUGUGAUGCUGGGCUAUGUUUACUAAACCUGCGGGUUUUCAGCCUCUUACGCCCAGCUCCAGUCUCUCAUUAGUUGGGAGCACCGGGCUGAUUAACCUCUGGAAUCUGAGCACCUGUAGGGGUUGCUGCGGGUCUGCUGGGUGGCGGAAGUUUCUUCCGGCUUGGUGUUCUCUGCUGGCCUCGUUCCCUGCUGCCUCUGACUACUCAGACUGGUUUUUGGUGUGAAGGCCCCGGCUGCCCACUGGGGCUGUCUGCCAACACUUGUUCCCCGAGAUGUAAUUCUUCCGGCUGCAUCCGUGGUGGGGAUGGUGGUGUUGAGGCCCCUCUAUCUGGUGAAGGGUCUGUUGCUGCUUCUGUUUCUUUCUUCCCACCCUCCCUGGCUGGUGACCCAGAGCCCUCUGAUGAUGGCAUUCUCCUGGCAAGAGAAAAGGACUUUACUAGCCUUUCUGAACUUGAACAGUUUCAGGUUAUAUUUUAAUUUUUUUUUUUUUUUUGUACAGGUUCUGAUUCUAAUACAUUUCAACAUGCUUUUUUCCCCCCUCGUGUCAAUAUUUGUUAUAGACUAAUCGCCGGGGAGCUUCACCUGGUUGGAGGGUGGGGUGUGUGUAUGUGUGCGUGUGGUGGUGUUUUUUUUUUUUUUUUUUUAAGGGGAGGUGGAGGUCCUGGACUGAUAUUAAAGAGAGAAAAAGCACAUUUUAGAAAAAAAAAUAAAAGUAGAUUUAAUGUAUGUGACUGUGGAAUGUGAGGUUGCAUAGCUGGUAGAUCUUGAGGGGCUAGAAUUAGGGUGGUUCAGGGAAAAUGAGAUACUGUUUCAGUGCCAUGGUUAAAAAAUGGAUUUCUCCUUUUUCCAAAAUGUCCAUCAGCUGCCUACGAUUGAUCAAAUGUUAACAAAAUACUCUUGUUUCCCUUUUUAUGAUUCGUGUCCCCAUAUAACAUUAUGACCAGCUGGAGGGUUUAAUUCCCAAAGUAUGUUUCAUGAAACCCUUUGAUAGAUGCUCUAUGGAAAAGGGGUUCUGUUGUUAAAUAAAUUCGGCACAUCCUGCAUCCCAU